UUUGUUGUGCUGGGCUAUAUUUUCAGGUUCAGACAUGUUCGCUGCAUGAGGGCCUGGAGGGAGGAGUCUCUUUUCACACACAUAUAAACCUUCUGGAUGAAAGUGAAAAUGAAAAUAGGAUCCUCAAAGACGAGAGAGACGCCAAUAGUAGAUGCCAAAACCCGCUGAUGUGAUGAUAACCACGGCAAUAUACCAGCAGCAGUAUGAAGUCUCCAAGUUCCUGAGGAUCAAGCCAAUGGCUUUGGGGAUAUUGGAAAUCUUGAUAGCCUUAUUUGGACUUGGUUUAACAAUCUGGAGUAAUAUUUUUUUUCUUCUCUGGUCGCCAGUUAUUUUCAUUAUAAUUGGAGCUAUAACAGUAUUGGCUGCACACACAUGUAAACCGUGUCUGGUAAAAUCCUCACAAAUACUCAGCUUUGUCAAUUUUGCAGUAGUUGCUAUCGCCCUCCGCUCUCAUCUUUUUUUCACUCGGGGUGUGCCCUGCUUUGUCCUAAUAUCAUGUGAUAUUCUGAUCUUCAUCUUCUCUAUUGCUAUUGCCUCAACCUCCUGUUCCUGUUGUUGUGAACCAAAGCCAAGACCUGUCACGGUCAGUUAUAUGAACACAGAUUUGCCUGUCAACCAUAUUGUGCUAAUGGGCCAGUCGGACGCCUCUGCAAUGGCACAGCCCGUUAGUUCAAUCCUGUACAUGCUGCCAGCAGCAGAUGGCCAAGUUCCAUCUGCACUUCUGCCAAAUUGCAGUCCCUUCCUCAAUGCAUCUCCACCAAACUACAGUCCAGUACCAGCUACACCUCCACCAACCUACGACCAAAUCUCAGCUGCACUGCUACCAAACAACGGUCCAGUCCCAAGUGCACCUCCACCAGCAUAUGAGGCCAGAUGAUGAACUAGAUCUCAGACACAAAUGGAGAUAUUGGAUGUUUACACUAUUUAUGGCAUUGAAUUAUGGUGAAUGGAAAACCAAAAAUGAUGUUUAUAAAUUUGUAAAUCAUUUAUAAAUAAUUGUAAUAUUACAAUUCUAUAAAUAACAUGAAAACCAAAACUGUGAAUGCAUGUUUUAAAUGCAUUGUGUCAUACAAAAACGGUCAGUACAAAACAAAAUUGUACACAUUUUAACACUGUGAUAAAAACAUACUUUUCAUAACUGUUAUUUGUUAUUAUUACUAGUAACGUUUUGCCCAGUUAAUGCUGGAAUUGAUUUUGUGGUCUUGGUUUUGAGACCUCUUGGGACCACAUAAAUGUGACUUUGGCUGGGUUUUUUUUAGCUUAUGCUGCCAGACAAGACUGCGGUGUAUUUCUAGUGUAGUAAAUUAUUUACAUUAAACAGUAGCAUAUUCUCAUGA